UACUCUUUCCUCGCGGGCUUUGUUUUGAUAUGGCGGUAUGCUUCAAAACUACCACUUGUUAACUAUCGUUCUUUAAACAUGAAUUUUAAAUACAUGGAAUUGGAUUUGUCGGCUUAACCAAGUUCCGAGCCCCAUCAUGUCCUCUCCAGCUGGGCUCCAGCAGUCCCAGACUAACUUCCUCGCCCAAUGGAUGCCGAGCAGCUCGCGAGCCGGCGUGAUUCUCAACCCGUCCCCGGACCUGGCCGAGUCUCUCCGGUACAGCUCAACCUGGGAUUCGCGGGAUACGGAGGACUCGUUCUCCUCUCAUUUCGCUCCGCUCCCGGCCUCCAGAAGCAGCAGCUGCCUCAGUGUCCACGCCAUCGACUCAGAAGAAUCUGUGACGGAUAUUAAUCAUCUGAACCACCGACCACGAGAAAAGAUUUCGUCCGACAAACAGGCUUCAGGUCCGCACGGUGCAUCUCUGAGGUUAGCUGGAGAGACGCAUAGCAUGGAUGAGAUGAUCAGCCAGUCUCAGGAGCUACCUUUGACACUCAAACUUGACCAGCUGAGGCAGUGGCAGAAGCACAUGCAGGAGCAGCUGAAAGCCCAGCAGCUGGAGGAGCUGCUGCGUCUGCAGGAGGAGCAGCAGAGGCUGCUGGGCCUGGCGCAGGGCGGCAGGGAGGGGCCAGACUGCACAGGGAGUCCCAGUUUGACUGAAGCAGACUGGGGUGAGAGCUCUCUCCAAACUCAAGAGACCCCAGCCCCCAAGAGCCCCCCUCUGAAUGCUCCCCUGGCCCCUGCUAAUUGGAGGCAGGGGAACAGCCUCCAGGGAGCGCCACCGGACCAGAAGCAAGUAGGGCCGGAUACACUAGGGACACACAUAUGGAACUAUAGAGACCAACAGCAGAGUGUUGAUGAGAGCUGUGAGGACCAGGAUGCGACUGCCCAUGCUGCCUCCUCCAUGAGCGAAGACCUCUCUGUGUGUGAAGCAGACGAGACCGAAGCAGACCCAGAGAACAGACCAAUCAAACCUGGGAUUAUAGGUCAGAAGCGAACGUUUGAGGAGCUCCUGGAGGAGCAGCUGAGGCUGGAGGAUCAGAAACUGAGGGCCAGUCAGCCGCAGCAGCAGAGCCCAGAGUCAACUGAUGGGAUGAGAGCCAAUCCAAAAAGAGCCUUCCUGAAGCGAGGGGAGGGCCUCUCCAGGUUCACCAACCAAAACAAAGCCACCGUACCAAACAGAGGCAGUAAGAAACACUCCAAACCUCAACCCCAGGUCAAAGUGAACGUUCCCCGGAGCUCUGAGUCCAGGACCCUCCAGAAGGCUGGUGUGAACCAGCGGCCCCCGGUGCAGAGGAAGACCGCCGUGCUGAACAAGGAGAACCGUCCCAGAAUCCCCCUCUCCACUCCCCAGGAGCCCAGGGCCCCCCAGCCAGCUGCAGCCAGGGUCCUGGGUGCUCACCAGAGGCAGAACACAGACCCCCCUGACACAGCGCAACCCCCUCCCACUAGGAGACUCAGUCAGAGAGUGCCUCUAAAGGAAGCGAGCAACAUGAAGCUGAUGCAGUCCUCUCAGCUGGCGACUGUAAACAAGCCGAGUGGGCCCCUCCCGCGGUUGGUAACCAAGCAGGUGGGCCUUAGAGAAGGUCCCGGAACGUCAGACAAAGGAGCCGUUUCCUCAGCGAGAGACACGGCCAAAGGAAACCCGGCCUCGGUUAGGAUUCCGGAAUAUUCCUUUGAGCUUUCGUUCCAGGAGAGGCUGCGGCGCUGGGAGUCGGAGCGGCAGACAGAGAGCGUGGAGCUGGGGGAGUUUGAGCUGCUGGAGCAGGCUGCCGAGGAGCUCUCCUUCUCCUCCAACUCCUCCUUCGUUACCAAGGUGCUGCAGCUGGACCGGCAGCAACACAGACACCUGCAGAGCAGCAGGGGGGGCCACCCGCGCAGACUCUCCUCCACGCCCAUCAAGUCCCCCAGACCCUCGCCCCCUAAAGGACCAGAGGGCGGGGAGGGCGAGAGGAGAUCCUAUGGAUGUGGAGCUCCGGCUGAAACCGGGGAGGAUCUUCUGAGGAGCGCCGCCAGAGCUGGUGAAGACCAUGACGAUGAAGAGGAAGAUGAUGACGAGGACACAGAACGCAAGCCAGAAGCGUCCGACAUCUCGUCAACCAGCAGCUCGGAAUUCGGCGAUGAGGUUGUUGCUGGCUCGUCGCAUGUGCCUACGUUUCCCAGUAGCCUCUGCUUCUCCACGUCCAAUCCCCCGUACGACAAGAGGUCGUAUCAGGACCAAGGAAGGGUGGAGAACUCUGGCCAGGGCGGGGAGGAGGACGACCACAGCAUGGUCAGCAGCGACCCUGACGACUCCACUCUGCUGGAGGACAAAGAGGACCACCAGGGUCACCUGGUGUUUGAUGACGACGACACCUGGAACGACCUGGAAGAGACAGGAGGCGCCCAUGCCGAGAGCCUGGUUCCUGCGGCAAUGGUGAACGACCUCACCUCACCGGAGAGGAUGUUGACAAGGAAGACUGCCAUGGUAAAAGGGGUGGUGCCAGAUAGGGGUGGAGCUAUGGGCACAGCCAAUCAGGACCCAGAUCCUCCCCCCACCUCUCAGCUGAUGACCAGGCUGUUUCCCACUCUGAAGCCCAAGGCCCAUAUAGCCCCGUCCCCUCUUGUAGAGGCCAGGCACACAGAGCAGGGAGCAGGCCAGCAGGGGCAGCAAUCCAGGCAGCUGAGGGAGAGGCUGGUGGAGUUGGAGCUGGAGAUCGAGCGCUUUAGGAAGGAGAACUCAGCCCUCGCCAAGCUACGGCAGGAGAACGAACAGAGCCAGGAGAGCCUCCGGAAGGAGAGGGCUGAGUUUGAGCAGAGGAAGGCAGAGGAGCUAGCCAGGUUUGAGGAGUUCAGGAAGGAGGAGACCAGGAGACUGCAGAAGGAGCGUCAGGUGUUUGAGAAGCACGCCUCUGCAGCCAGGGCCAUCCCUGACAAGAAGGAGCGGCAGGAGAUCCUGUGCCUGAAGCAGCAGCUGAGCUCCCUGCAGGAAGAGCUGAGGAGGAGGGAGAGCCGCUGGUCCACCACACACAGCCGCCUCCGCCAGCAGGUGGAGGCCCUCGGCACCGACAACGGCGCCCUCAGGGAGGAAGUGCGCACUUUGGAGAGACUCCGCCUCAGCACCUGGAAGAGCAGCCACGCAGAUGCCGACAAGGAGAGGAAGGACAAGCCUGGUUUCUUCGAGAGCAGCAGUGGGACCAAAACGGUGAAAUUUGCUAGUCCACCAGAGAGCAUGAGGAGCAGCCCUCCUCAGAUCAGCCACACCACUAGGGGGAGCCCUGGAGGCAGCAGCCCUCCCUCUGCAGGCGGGAUCAGAAGCAGUCUCAAGAGGUCCAACCCUGCUCCAUCUCCAGAGGCGUUAGCAGGCCGGGGGGGCAGCCCCGGGGCUGGUAGCACGAGCCAGGACACCACCCUGAACCAGGAACACUCUCUCAACCUCUCACCUCAGAGGGCAGGAGACCAGCAGACUGAGGAGACCAGCGAGGUGGAGGAGCAGCAGCCCAGCCAGGAGGUCCUCACACACCCUGAUGGGAAGACGGAGAGGCUGCUGCCCUGUGGAGGGAGGCUCAUCCUCUUCCCCAACGGGACCAGGAAGGAGGUGUCUGCGGACGGCCAGACAGCCAAGGUCACUUUCUUCAACGGGGACAUCAAGCAGGUGUUGGGCGACCAGCGAGUGGUGUAUUAUUAUGCUGAAGCCCAGACCACACACACAACCUAUCCAGAUGGCAUGGAGGUCCUGCAGUUCCCUAACAACCAGACAGAGAAACAUUUCAGUGACGGGCGUAAGGAGAUCACGUUCCCCGACCAGACCAUCAAGAACCUGUUCCCAGACGGCAAGGAGGAGAGUGUGCUGACGGACGGCACAGUCGUACAGGUCAACCCGGACGGCACUAAGGUGAUCCAGUUCAUUACGGGCCAGAGGGAGGUCCACACGGCAGAGUACAAGCGCAGGGAGUACCCCGACGGCACAGUCAAGACCGUCUUCACAGACGGACGCCAGGAGACUCGCUACCCCACCGGCCGCGUCCGGGCCAAAGAUAAGGACGGCAACGUCGUCAUGGACAAUUAGAAACCCUGUUGAGCGCUCUGCGGGCCUCAGGCCAGCCAGGGCCCUUUAGUCAUCUCCUCCUCAGGGAACUGCUCCUCCUGUGUGUGUUUAGUAGUGUGUCUGACUGGAGUGCUGUGUGUGUGUGAAUAUCAGUUAUUUUAUUUGUACAAAUGUCUAAUACAUAUUUAUUUUCUUAGCUUACUUUUUUUUUUUGUAAAAUAAAAACAUCAAAUCGUCUGCGGUA